CUGUUAUUUCCCAGUGUCUCCCAGCGGGAUCCGGCGUUGUAUGCCCUUAACCAAGAUGGCCGUUCAGAGGCGCCAGCGCACUGUAGAAUAUGGCGGCGAUUCCGGUCCCGCUGCCCUCAGUGAAGAUGGCGGCAGUGGAGAAGCGGCGGUCGGUGGUGGUCACCGCGGCCAAUUUCACCGACGGAACUCGGCCGUCGGUGUCCCGGGCGGCAGCAACGACCGAGAGCGAGGAGGACUUCCUGCGGCAGGUCGGCGUGACGGACAUGCUGCGCGCGGCCUUGCUGAAGGUGCUGGAGGCGCGGCCCGAGGAGCCGAUCUCCUUCUUGGCGCACUACUUCGAGAACAUGGGCCUACGCUCGCCUGCAAACGGCGGCGCCGGGGAGCCCCCGGGCCAACUCCUGCUGCAGCAACAACGCUUGGGCCGCGCGCUGUGGCACCUUCGCCUCGCUCACUACUCCCAGAGGACAGCCUUCAACAACAACGUUGGUGUGGCCUACGAGUGCCUGAGCGCCAGUGGGCGCAAGAAGCCAGGGCUGGAUGGGCGCACCUACAGCGAGCUGCUCAAGCGCAUCUGCCGCGAUGGGGAGGCCCCCGAGGAGGUGGUGGCACCUCUGCUACGCAAGAUCCAGUGCCGGGACCAUGAGGCCAUACCUCUGGGUGUCUUCCGCACCGGCAUGCUCACCUGUUUCGUGCUGCUGGAGUUCGUGGCACGGGCAGGCGCACUCUACCGACUGCUGGAGGACCCAGCCCUGGCUACAGCUGACCGCUGCAUGGGCCAGGCGGUGCUGGACACCCUGGAGGGGGCCCUGCAGGCUAGCGACAGUGCUGCCGCGCCUGCUCGAUACCUGGAAGCCGGCUGGCGCCUGGGGCCUGACAGUCUGGCGCAAGCCAUGGACCGUGCCCUGGUGGCCCGGAGGCCCAGCUCCCCCAUGACCCGGGAGGAGUUCCUGGAGAAGGCUGCUGCCCUCUUCAUCGCCAAGGUCAAGCCGGUGGGCUGAGCUCUGUUCAUGCUUCGUCUGUCUUCUCCACCCAGACAGUUGGGGACACUGCGAGGCCUGGCUCACCAGCUCCUGACAGGACACGGGUCUGGAAAGAAGAGGAUUGGGUGCCUCUCAUGCAGGGGGUGUGGGGAGCCUUCCUCACACCCAGCUUCGGACCAAAAUGAUGCUCCAGCCCCCUUCAGGGGCAAGCCAAGGGUCCCAGAAAACGGGCACCCCUCCUUACACACCCAUAAAGCCCCCCCCACCCCCAGCAGUAAUAAAGUCUGUGCCUGAGGCCUA